AUGAUGAUGACUGAUUUUACGGGACAGUAUACGUGGUUACAAACAGAGCAUGAACUAAGCUUCAGGAAACUAAUAGAGGGUUCAGAGUAUCAAGAGGAACUGAAGUAUGACUUCAAUAUAAAAGGGGAACUGAAGCAUCUGGAUACAAAUGAGUCCUUUGUUUUCAAUUAUUACAAGAAUGCACAUGAGCGGAAUCAUAAACGUUAUCAAGUUUUGGGACAUUUUAUUACCAAAUAUGUUUAUGAGCUCCUGGAAAGAGUCUGCAUGCUGCAGAAAGUUUAUAUUCCUACUGAUGCUACAGAGGAUGAACCAAGAAGUUUCUUUUUCAUGAGCAAGAAUGCACUAACAAGUUCCUCCAGCCUAAUUGUCCUUCUUCAAGACCAUGGAGUUUUCUGUGCCGGACAGUGGGGGCUGAGGACAAUUGUCAGUGAGGGCCUGGAGCACGGAACACAAAUACCGUUCAUCCAAAUGGCCCUUCAGAGCCAUGGAGGAGUGGUUGUACUGAAUCCCAAUGACAACUUUGUUGAUCUGAAGACUGAAAAGGAGACGUUAAGCUUUUCUACCAGGGAAGAAUCACUGACUUCUACACAGUCUGUCUGGUGGAUCCCCAAGAGGGGCAGCAGCAGCCCCAAGGAACAUACCAUGUAUGUAUGGGAUCAUUUCAUUUCAAAGAGCGCAGCCAAGAACGUGGCCUUUGUUGCCCAUGGCUAUGGUGGCUUGGUGUUUGUUGAUCUGCUGGUGCAGAGAAAAUAUGAGGUAAUGAAUAAAGUGUACUCUGUGGCAUUCAUCAACUCCAUGCACAACACACAGCACCAGACUAGAAGCGAUCUACAAAUACAAGAAUGGAUACAGAAAUACUGCCGGGAAUGGGUGUCAAACAGUAAGCCUCUAGAUAAAGUUGUGGGUUCUCUCGUGAAAGUAAAUUGUCCUACUGUCUCUGCUGGAACAGAAAAGUAUGGUUUAGCACCCUCCUGCUGCUUACAUGCCAUCUUUAAGUACCUGAAGAGCACACUGAAAGCCAAGACAGCCUUUAGGCAUUCACCUGUUGCAACCAGAAGCAGCACAAGUAAGAAGAGAGGCAAUAAAUAA